AAGAGACAACCAACUACAAGCUCACAAUAGAAACCCAACUCGGUUACACGGCAACGUAACCGCCCACUAGGAAUUGGCGGCCUCCCCCAUUUUUGCCCCUCCUGCCCCUUCUGCCCCUCCAACCCCCCGCUUGAUCAUACGCCAAAGAACCCCCUUCCUCCUUCUCUAUGCUAGCCACGAUCAGCCCUAACUCAAUUCCGGGUUAGCAGCAGCAGUUACUAAGUCCAGCUCCCUUGCACUUAAUAAGGAUCUUUCUCUUUAGCUUACGAUUCUCAGCCGCAAGUAUUCCUUCGACAUACGUAAACCUUAACGAGGCAUCCAACCCUAUCAAUUCCAUAAGUAUCAAACAGCUUCAUUUCGGACUAAUUGGGCAAUACUUGAUUACUUCUCUAGUGUUCCUUCUUUAGCACAAUUUAUAUUCAAUUAACACAAUGUCGGGUUGGGGUCAUAACCAACACGGCCAUCAUGGUCAUCAAGGUCAUCAAGGCUACGACGAAAGAUAUAGUGGUGGAUAUCAACAACCUCCCCCCCAAUCAUGGUCAUCGCCGCCGCCACCUCGAGGUUAUGACCAAGGACAUGGUCAAUAUCAACAACAGUAUCCGCCCCAGCAGUACCCUGGCGGUCCUCCUCCAGGUCAAUAUCCCCCUCAAGGCCCACCACCAGGACAAUAUCAAAACCAACCCUACCCACCUCACCAGCCACCGCAGGGACAGUAUGGCCAACCCCCUGCUCAAUAUUCCCAAGGUGGUCCUCCUCAUCAUCACCAUCCCGGCCAUUAUCCUCCACCAUCGGGCCCUCCGCCGCCAGGCCUAGAUCCUUACGGCUAUCCCCAGCACUCCGGUCAGCAGGGCUACGGUGGCCCUCGCCGUGACGGACCCCCUCCGCCAACGGCUCCGCAGCAGUUCGGUCAUGGUGCCCCUGAGGGCUACACCUUCCAGUACUCCAAUUGUACCGGAAAACGCAAGGCAUUGUUGAUUGGCAUCAACUAUUUCGGUCAAAAAGCCGAGUUACGUGGUUGUAUCAAUGACACCAAGAAUGUCUCUCAAUUUCUUAUAGAGCGCUACGGAUACAAGAGGGAAGACAUGAUUAUCUUGACUGAUGAUCAGCAAGAUCCUAUUUUGAUUCCUACUAAGGCCAACAUCCUUCGAGCAUUGCAGUGGCUUGUCUCCAACGCUCGGCCUAAUGAUGCCCUGUUCCUCCACUACUCGGGCCAUGGCGGACAAACUAAGGACGAAGAUGGUGAUGAAGAAGAUGGCUACGACGAGGUUAUCUACCCUGUUGAUUACGAGAGAGCCGGCCAUAUUGUAGAUGAUCAACUUCAUCAAAUAGUCGUCAACCCUCUUCAAGCAGGAGUGAGAUUGACGGCCAUCUUUGAUUCCUGCCAUUCCGGUUCAGUUUUGGAUUUGCCUUACAUCUACUCGACCAAGGGCGUUCUAAAAGAACCUAACCUUGCGGCCGAAGCCGGCCAGGGGCUUCUUAAGGCAUUCACCUCUUACGCCUCGGGGGACACAGCAGGAGCUGCCAGUGCCAUCUUCAACUUCGCCAAAACUGCAUACCGGGGAGAUGAUGGAUAUAAGAAGACUGUUCAAACCAAAACCUCACCUGCGGAUGUAAUUAUGUGGUCCGGUAGCAAGGACGACCAGACAUCUGCGGACGCGACAAUUGCAUCUCAAGCAACAGGGGCGAUGUCUUGGGCUUUUAUCACGGCGAUUAAGCAAAACCCUAAGCAGAGCUAUGUCGAGCUUCUCAACAGCAUCCGCGAUGUGUUGCAGACCAAGUAUUCGCAGAAGCCACAGUUGUCUUGUAGUCAUCCUCUUGACACAAACCUUCUCUUUGUGAUGUAAAUUGGGAUAAUGUCAAAAGUACUGUUGAGCAUUGGGUAUCUAGUUUACCCGUAGAUUAGAGAAAUCGCGUCAAUUCAAUGCGAUUUAAUGUUAUGAAAUAACAUGGGCCAGUUUGAUAAUCCCGCGACUUGGUGUCCAUUUUGCGGGAUAAUUCAAUUAUUCCGCGCGAAUUUACUACAUCGAGAGCAUUACGAUCAAUGACUUCCAAUGUUCCCUAAUGCUCCCACAAAUGCUCGUAUGGCUAACUCAGUUAUAUAGAUAUUUUUC